AUGACCUCCCUCACGCCGACCGCCUUGUCGCGUUGGAGCUGCGAUGCCGUCCGCGCGCUGCCCGCCAUAUCAACCAUCCGCGCCAUUACAAUCAUCGAUUUCGACAAUACGCUCUUCGCGUCACCACUCCCCAACAAACAGCUGUGGAAUACGGGAACAUGCGGCCAAUUACAGGCGCAAGACUUCAUGACGACGGGUGGAUGGUGGCAUAACCCAACCAUUCUCGCCGCCACGGGACAGGGAGUGGAGGUGGAGGAAGCGCGAGCAUGGGCUGGCAGUUGGAAUGAGAAGGUGGUGGAGCUGGUGCAGUUGGCCAUGGAGGAUCGAGAAAACCUGUCGGUCAUGCUGACGGGACGAGGUGAAGCUGCCUUCUCCUCCCUCAUCAAGCGGAUGCUCAAGGCCAAGGGACUGGAGUUCGACAUGGUCUGUCUCAAACCCACCGUUUCGCCCGCGGGAGAGAAGUUCGGCAGCACAAUGCUCUUCAAACAGGCUCUUCUUCGGGAUAUCGUCUUCACCUACUCCAAUGCCACGGAAAUCCGCAUCUAUGAAGACCGCAUCAAACACGUCAAGGCCUUCCGCGACUACUUUUUCGACUUGAACCGCUCUCUGCUGGCAUCAACAUCACCCACUCGCGCUCCCAUCACCGCCGAAGUCAUCCACGUCCAGGAAACAGAAACCCAUCUCACCCCGGAAACGGAAGUCGUCGAGAUCCAAAAGAUGAUCAAUGUCAACAACUCCGCUCUUCUGGCAGGCACCGCUCCCCCAGGCACCCGUCCCUGGAAGAUCAAGAGAAGCGUCUUCUACACUGGCUACCUCAUCUCCGAUCCGGACAUUGAGCGCCUCCGAAGUCUCAUCCGCCUUCCCGAGAACUGCCCCUAUGAAAACGACCUCCGUCAUCUUGCUAACAACAUCCUGAUCACCCCUCGUCCGGCUCCGCGCAGUAUCCUCGAUAAGGUCGGUGGUAUUGGUGCUCGUCUGAGAUGGAAAGUCACCGGCACUGCAGUCCUCGAGAAUCGAAUCUGGGCGGCGAGAGUCGCUCCACUGAAUGGAGAGAAGAUCUACACGGAAAACUCCACGCCAAUGGUGGUACUUGCCACGAGACGCACGGCCAAACCUAUCGAAGCCGGAAGAAUUCAGAGCUGGCAGCCUGUGAGUGAGAGUUCUGCUUUGGAGUUCGAGACGGUGGUCGGGGAGAAGGUGUUGUUGAGGAUUGAAGAGGAGGUGAGAGGCGAGGAUGAGUACGAGGCCAGUUUCCCCAACGGCAAGAAUGCGCGGAAGCAUCCCAGAGAGGAGGAUGGCAGGGAAUUUGUGAGGCCGCCACCCAGUGGUGGUAGAGGGUUGUGGAAUGGGAAUGGAAACGGCAGAGGCGGUGGAGGUGCGAGAGGUGGUGGCGGAGGUGGUGGCGGAGGCCAGUAUGGUGGAUCUCCUAGAGGUGGAUUCCAGCAGAGAGGUGGCGGCGGUGGUGGCGAUCGUGGUAGAGGUGGUGGAGGUAGAGGUGGACGAGGUGGUAGAGGACGAGGUGGGAAUGAGGGACGUGGUGGAGGAGGUGGUGGUGGUGGCGGUCGGGGUAGAGGUGGUGGUCGUGGUGGCUACCGUAGUCUGGACGAUAACGUCGGCCAGGGAUAUGGUGGUGGUGGGAUGCAGUACUGA